CCGUGGGUGCCGUCCUCCUGCGGCCGGAGUCAGUCAGUCAGCCAGCUCGGCGAUACAGACACCCUGAGAGAGACGCUGCCCUGGGGGUAACGGCUCAGGCCGGACGCGGCACCAUGGGGACCGAGUGAGCGGGAUUUCUCCACGUCAAGAGGAGGAGGAGAAGGAGAAAAAUUGUCAAGAUAAAAAAACAGAGAGAAGGAAGUCCGCGGGCGGCCGGCCGUCAGGAAAUGUCCGGGAAGCUGGAGAAACAAGAUUCCCAACGCUCCCACCUGACCUCGUUCACCAUGAAGUUGAUGGACAAAUUUCACUCACCGAAAAUAAAACGAACUCCAUCAAAAAAAGGAAAACCAUUGGAGAUAACUAUCAAAACUAACACAGAAAAACCUCCAAACAAGACUUUAAACCGGCUGGAAGAGCAGGAAAAGGAAGUGGUGAGUGCACUGCGGUAUUUCAAAACCAUUGUGGAUAAAAUGGUGAUUGACAAAAAAGUGCUAGAGAUGUUGCCAGGGUCAGCCAGUAAAGUCCUCGAGGCCAUCUUGCCGUUAGUACAAGUGGAUCCACGCAUUCAACAAAGCUCAGCCAUUACAUCCUGUUUAAACCAGGUAUACCAGAGCCUGGCCAAUCUAAUUCGCUGGUCUGAUCAAGUGAUCUUAAAAGGUGUGAAUUUAGAGGACAAGGAAAGGGUCAUGGCGAUGAUUAAAGCAGUCCUUGAUGGAAUAAAGGAGCUUGUGAAACUGACAAUAGAGAAGCAAGAACAGCCAUCCCCUACCUCGCCUGUGAAACCCAGCCCACCAACAUCUAAAACUGACAGUGCAACAGAGCUUCCACUGACUGACAGGGAGAAGGAAAUUCUUACUAAAACUACUCCAAUGACAAGAUCGCUGGAAAUAAUUCCAGACUCUGUGGAUGGAGAAUGUGCCCCACCAAAGCCACCAUUGCCUGGUAUUCGCAUUAUGGACCACAGUAGUGUUCCACCUCUACCACCCAAGAAGAGGACAUCUGCACCCUCCCCAACAAGAGUGGCAGUAGUAUCUCCCAUAAGUCGAGCUGCCAGUGGUUCUAGCUUACCCAAUACCAAACAGGACUUUGAUGGAUUGGAUUGCUAUCUGCAAAGGCGGCUGUCCGGUGGCAGCCACUCAUAUAGUGGAGAAUCACCAAGGGUAUCUCCUUGUAACAGCAUGGGAAAACUAAGCAAAUCUGAUGAACAGUUAUCAUCGUUAGACAAUGAUAGUGGGCAGUGUUCGCAGAAUACAAGUUGUGAAACACUUGAUAAUCCAGAAAGCUAUGAUCCCGAUUAUGAUUUCCUGCAUCAGGACCUUUCAACUGUUGAUCAGAUUCCCCUGCAGCUUUCUGGCACACUAAGCCCACUUCCCGAAUCAGCAGUAGAAUCCAGUUCACCUCUUCCUGGGCAGACAUUUACGUCACCACUUUGUACUUCACAAACAGUGCCAGCUUGGAGGCAGAUACCACAAACUGAUGUUCAACCUUUGCAGAUGCCACCAGCAUUGCCAGAAAAGAAGCGUCGGAGUGCUACCUCAUCAGAGAGUUCCGGAUAUAGAGUCUCGUAUGAGCGGUUUCCAUCACAAUAUGAUAAUAUCUCCGAGGAGGAAAUGCAGAAUUCUGCUGUACCAGCAAUUCAGCAUCCUCCUUUUGCUGUAGUGUCACCAAGGCCACAAGGGAUGUUAUCAAUGUCAGUGGGAUUUCCAAACAUUGAUGUUUCAGAAUCAACAGGAGUACCAGAGAAGCCACCUCCACUCCCAGAGAAGAAGAAAAGGAAUAUUCACGCGUAUAUGCAGUUUGUGGAGGAUUAUUCUGAGCCGCAGCCUCAUGUUUUUUACCAGACACCACAGAAUGAGCAUAUUUAUGAACAGAGGAACAAACGAUUUCAGGAAGUCUAUGGAUUCAAUGACUCUUUCAGCAGCACUGAUUCAUCUCUUGAGAUUCUGCCUCCUCCAGUUCUCCCACCCAAGCAAAGGCAACUGUUCAAGUCGGUUUUUAGGUCCUAUUCGCAGGACUUUGUUCCUCACCAUCACACCUCUGCAUCUCCUUCUCUCUGCACUAUCACCUCCCACUUUCCAGCUGUACACCAAUCGAGGAGCUCUGAUCUAACUUUACCGGGCUCGACUGGCAUAUUGAAAGCUGCGGAACUGCUGGAAUGCUCUCAUGACAAUGCAAAGCCUGUUCCUGUCUGCCUCCCUCCUGAAUCUGCUUUUCCCACUUCUCUCCAAACUUCCUCGAGCGAGAGCAAUAGUGAUGAUGCUGGUGAGGGUGAAUACGUGAAUCUGUAUUCGUCCAACCACACCAAUGGAGACCUCUCUCACCCAGAAGCAGAAAUACCGAUGUGUGCCGAUGCUGAUUCUGUAGGGUCUCUGAGUGAACAAGAGAUUCUUCAUCAUAACUGUCCAAAAUCAGCUAACGAAAAGGAAAACCAAAAUCAAGACAGAGAUGACAGACGAGGAGAAACUCCAAAUUCACCAGAUUUGGAUCAAAGUGAUGUAGCAGAUGAAUUAUCACUCAUUGAUCAUGAAGAGAUUGUUGCUAGGUUAACGCUGAAACAGGAGGGAGAGGAUGGCCCUGAGGUGCGAGGAGGCUCUGUAGAUAUUCUCAUAGUUCAUGCGACUGAAACAGAUCGUAAAGAUCUCGUCCUUUACUGUGAAGCAUUCCUAACCACUUAUCGGACAUUUAUUCCACCUGAGGAAAUCAUCAAGAAACUGCAUUAUCGAUAUGAGAAGUUUUGCCACUGUCCAGACACAUUCAAAAAACGAGUGAGCAAGAAUACAUUCUUCUUAUUGGUGCGUGUGGUAGAUGAACUCUGUUUGGUGGAGCUGUCGGAUGACAUCCUGAAGUUGUUGAUGGAACUUGUGUUCCGUUUAGUGUGUAGUGGUGAGCUGAGCCUGGCACGAGUUUUGCGAAAAAAUAUUCUGGAUAAAGUAGAUCAGAAGAAAACUGUGAAAUAUGCAAGUUUGAUGAAGCCAUUGGCUGCACGAGGGGUGGCAGCUAGGCCUGGAACGCUUCAUGACUUUCACAGUCAUGAGAUUGCUGAGCAGUUGACGCUGUUGGAUGCCGAAUUGUUCUACAAAAUAGAGAUUCCUGAGGUUUUACUCUGGGCUAAAGAACAGAAUGAAGAGAAGAGUCCAAACCUAACAGAGUUUACAGAGCACUUCAACAACAUGUCUUAUUGGGUGCGGUCAAUAAUUAUUCAACAAGAGAAAGCACAAGAUCGGGAACGGCUACUCCUAAAGUUCAUCAAAAUUAUGAAGCACUUACGCAAACUGAAUAAUUUUAAUUCAUACCUGGCUAUAUUGUCUGCAUUAGACUCAGCACCCAUCCGUAGGUUGGAAUGGCAGAAGCAAACUUCAGAGGGUCUGGCUGAAUACUGUACACUCAUUGAUAGUUCGUCUUCAUUUCGAGCAUAUCGAGCUGCUUUGGCAGAAGUGGAACCACCCUGUAUACCUUAUCUGGGCCUCAUUCUACAGGACUUGACCUUUGUACACCUGGGCAACCCAGAUCUAAUUGAUGGAAAAAUCAACUUUUCUAAACGGUGGCAACAGUUUAAUAUCUUGGAUAGUAUGCGAUGCUUCCAGCAAGUUCAUUAUGAACUAAAGCGCAUUGAUGAUAUUGUUAUAUUCUUCAAUGACUUCAGUGACCACCUCGCAGAGGAAGCACUGUGGGAAUUGUCAUUAAAAAUCAAACCACGCAACAUUCAGCGACGGAAAACAGAACGUGAAGAGAAAACUUAGAUUUCAACAGUGAAAACUAAACCUUAGAUGGCAGCUAAUGAACCCCACUAAAUUACUUUAUUUACCUGAGCUGCAGAAAUCAGUUCAUGCUUCACCUUCAGAGAUUUGUUUUUAAACAAGAUUUAGAACAGGUGGCAAUACUCUUGGGAAAUGUCCCAGAUUUUAUGCCAUUGCCUGCAGUCAAUUUCCUUUCCUACCACCCGUGCCAAGCUGGUUUUAAGUGUCCUAUGGUGGACCCAUCCAGACAGUUCACUUUAAUUGGCCAAAUGUGGUCUGCAGCUAGACUCUGCUUUGGAGACUGUUUGACAUUGUUAGGUACGAUGGUUCACUUACUGGUUGUGGACUUCUGUUUAUAGAGUAACAGCUAGUGGUACUAACAAUUGCACAGGAAACCUUAAAAUAUUAUUUUGUACUUUAGGAGAAAGACUGGCUCACUGUAAAUACCAGAAUGCUAAGUUGAUGUGCUGUGUUGGGUUUUUUUUGCAUGAGUAAUACUGGAUGCCAGUAAUGAACGAUUUGAUGGAAAAAAAUAAACCAAUUGUACAUAGAGACUGGAAGAAGUGUUUUAGCCAGGCUGGUACUGAAAGGACUGGGAUUGCUCUUAACCAUUGUUCAACAUCCUCACUUAACAGACUUUUGUAAGGUGUUAACAUAUGUGGUUGUAUAUUUUCUGCAUGUACUCUGCGCUGUGGAAUUUUAAAAUGUUAAGCAGAA